GGGAAACCUGCCGGCGACGCUUUCAGGAGAAGGAAGAAACUAGUUCAGAAGAGUCGAGGGUGCACCGAUGGAUCGGAGCGACGCCGGGGAGGGAGACUGCUCGUCAGGGGCGAACUACCGGGGCGUUCGGCGGAGGAAGUGGGGGAAGUGGGUGUCAGAGAUCCGGGAGCCAAAAAAGAAGUCGCGAAUCUGGCUCGGAAGCUUCGAGACGCCGGAAAUGGCCGCGGCGGCCCACGACGUCGCCGCUCUCUACCUCCGCGGCAGCUCGGCGCGCCUCAACUUCCCGGAGAUCGCGGGGCAGCUGCCUCGUCCCGCCAGCUCCGACCCGAACGACAUCCGCCUCGCGGCGCUGCAGGCCGCACUCAGCUUCGCGCCCCCGAACUCCCGCACGGAGGAGGCUGCGGCGGAAGCUGCUUCUCCAGCAAGUGACACGCCGUUGGGUCAGUUCCCCGGCGACGAGAUUCCCUUCGACUCGCCGAGGCUAUGGAGGGAGUUGGCGGAGGCGAUGCUGCUGAGUCCGCCGCGGUUUUGGUCCGCGGCGGAGAGCGACGUGCAGGAAGACGACGCCGAUUGGGGUGGGCAGCUCUGGAAUUUGUGCAAAUGAUGCUACCCUCCUCGGUAAAAAAAAAAAAUGAGAAUCAUAUAACAGCACUGUGAGUAUCAGAGUAUGAAUGCUUAGACUAUUAGGAUUGUGCCGUCACGUGACUUGUCUUCAUCGCAUGUAUACAUGUAUUCCCGCAUUGGGAGGUACCGGGUACGGGACUUCGGGUCGGAUCCCGGUCACUGAUAUCAAAAUAACUCAAGAUAUUUGAAUAUUUAAAAUAAUUAAAAUAAAAAAAAUCAGGUAUUUUUAAGCAUA